AUGUUCACAAAACUUCUAUUCACGGCACUCAUAACUGCCAUUUCUGUGUUUCCAGUCAGGGCAAAUUCUUCGCUUCCGUACACAUUCAGCAUUCCUCCUAGUAAUACCGGGCUGGAUAUUCUUGGUCCACCUUAUGAUAGUAUCUUUGUCGAUCUGAAUUAUCCCGCUACUGGCGUCUAUCUCACCAAUUGGACUGUUUUGAUGAAACUUGUGAACAGUCAGGACUAUUAUGGAGCUGCCUCGGUGUACUUCCAAUACGAUCAACCCUAUGACACCUAUGAAUCGGUGUAUGAGCAUUCACUCAAACAGACUAUUGCGGAAAAAAAUGACGUCGAAUUCUAUCAACGCUACAACAACUUGCUCACCGCCGUUAAAACACUGGGCCGCUACCCACUUCCCAGUGAUGCUAUUCCUUUUAUUAUUCCGGUUACUGAUAAUACCACCAUUUCGAAGAGAGAUGAUCGCCAUUGCAGUUGGAACCAUCAUGCCCUGAUCGACAAUUGUCAGUUGGCGAUCGACGGUAUUGAGGAACAUUCUUAUACAUUUGAGAAAUGGAAGCAUAGUCAGUUUGUAAAUUCUGCAUGGGGCUGUUACAUAACAGUCGAUCUGACUGACGCGGAAAUGGUGGAAUUCGCUAACGCAUCAAUUAUCAAACGGGAUGCGCAACAAACUUUAAUACACUGCGCCAAUCGUCAGGCUCGUGAUCUUGGUUAUACUGUAAGUGGUUUCAAACUUGAUGAGGGCAACCAUCUGAAGGUUUGUGUCAGUGACCGAGGCGCUGGCUGUUAAUAAGGUUUACAUAACUUACUUGAUUCGCUCGUUUUUAAAAUAUCACUUCAUUUAAUUUGUA